GCCACCCUGCGCCUCCUCCUCUGAGGCUCUUUGAUGCAAAGCCGCUCACACUUCCCGCUAUCGACCUGCCGCGCUGGCGCAUGAAUGCUCGUACUGCACCUUUAGAGAAUGGCCAACUCAGCGAUGGAGAUCGUGGCUCUCCUGCUCACCGCGGUCGGGCUCAUAGGGGCGGCGGCCAGCACCGGGAUGCCCAUGUGGCGCGUGACGGCCUUCAUCGGAGCCAACAUCAUCGUGUUCGAGACGCGCUGGGAGGGCCUGUGGAUGAACUGCUACCGCCAGGCCAACAUCCGCAUGCAGUGCAAGGUGUACGACUCGCUGCUGGCGCUGAGCCCCGACCUGCAGGCCGCGCGCGGCCUCAUGUGCGCCGCCGUGGCGCUGGCCGGCCUCGGCCUGAUCGUCAGCAUCAUGGGGAUGCAGUGCACGUCGUGCAUCAAGGACAACGACCGGGCCAAGCGGGCCGUCCUCAUCGCAGCCGGCUGCAUGAUCAUCCUGUCCUGCCUCUGCGUCCUCAUCCCGGUGUCGUGGACGGGGAACGUCAUCAUCAGGGACUUCUACAACCCCCUGCUGCUGGACGCCGAGCGCAGGGAGCUGGGGGAGGCGCUGUACAUCGGCUGGGUGGCCGCCGCCUUCCUGUUUGCCGGAGGAUGCAUAUUCACCUGCUGCAACGUGCAGAGCGACGACGGGGACUCAAAGAGGCGCAUGUACUCGUACUCGCGGCCGUCCGGCUACGCGGCCUACCCGCCGCAGCCGCUGCAGCCUCAGGCGCUGGUGAUGCUGCCCCAGCAUCAGCCGCCGCAGCCGGUGCUGUCCAGGCACCCGUCCACCAACUACAGCUACCACUCCAGUUACCCGUCCGUUCGCAGCGGGGUGGCUUACCUCUGAGCCCGCUGAGGUAACCAGCACCUGAACCUGUGGAAAGUCUGUUUGGCACAUUUACCGUGAAUGCAUUUCAUACGAAUGUCUACUUUAAAGUCGCUUGUUUUUUGUUUAUGAAUUAUUAGAGGAGCACUUAAUAGUAUUUAGGUAGAAAAUUCAACAGGUGAUUUACGUGUAACCGAAGUUUGUGUAGAGUUACAGGAUUUCUACUAAUGUUUAUACCUGCAGCUUAAUUUUUGUGUUAAGUUAAAAAUAUGUUGUAUAUAGAUUUUCAUACAUCAAAUACAACGACAAUCUGUGGUUAAAUGCGUUUCAUAGGCGGAGGACCAGUUAAUGCCUGAUUUCAAUCUUUACCUUUCAAUGUGUUUCUGAAAACGAAAAAACAAAACAUUUAUGCAAAUCCUCUCUGGGCCCAAGGACACAGAUGUGGCCAUUGUAUCCUUCUCAGUUCCAGUUUGACCUGCUUCUAAACCAUUUGCAUUUAUAUGUUCUUAUGUUAUAUAUAUGUUAGAUAUAUUUUCUUGUGUCUAAGGACAGUAAAUCCUCUAUGAGAUAGAAUAAGUGAGCGUAACGUGUCUAAAAGUCCAACGCAUUGUGUGUGAGCCUAGUUAAUCAUCACAAGGCGUCGUUGUUGGCUCAGCGUGAUGCCCUGGAGCUUCCAGGAACUAACGACGCUAAACAAAUGGCUUAGUACACGUAGGACACAGGUUUACGAGAAGUUAGCAAAGGUGUGGACUCAGUGUAGACACCAAGAUCAACAGUCAUGAAGACGCUAAAGACGUUACAUAGUCAUUUCAUGUGAAAUUAAACAGGACAAAUGAGAGUUCUGACAUCUAUUCUGCUGUUUCAGUUCCUGCUCAACAGCCCUAAAUAAGAUAAAUACAAAACAUGAGUGAUGUCAGACAAACUGAAUUUUUGUAUUGGACUGAUCUGAGUCCUCUCGUCACUCUGAAGGUCAUCCCUGCUCCCCUGUGGACACCGGGAGCACUGCAGAGUGAAAGCUCUGCAUACUUGUUUACUUUUGAUUUAAAUGUUCACUAACACAUAUCACAGAGAAUAAAAUCAUGACGCGUUGCUGAAGCA